AUGCGGCUGGUCGAAGCGGACGACGAACGCAACUCUCCCACCUACUAUCUACCUCACCAUCCCGUAAUUAAGGAAGCAAGUACGACGACCAAGGUCCGGGUCGUGUUUGAUGGCUCUGCGAAAACUUCUUCCGGCUUCUCCCUCAAUGAAGCUCUUUGCGUUGGUCCCGUGGUGCAGGACGAUCUGCUGAACAUUAUCUUGCGGUUUCGAACCUUUCCCGUUGCUCUCGUCGGAGAUAUUGCCAAAAUGUACAGGCAGGUACAGGUCCACUCUGACGACACACCGUUACAACGCAUUCUGUGGCGAUUCUCCCAACAUUCUCCAGUACAGACGUACGAACUACUGACCGUUACUUACGGCUUAGGUCCAUCAUCGUUCUUAGCGACACGAACUCUCCAGCAACUAGCGGUGGAUGAAGGUGAUGCGUACCCGGUAGGUGGUCCAGCAUUGAAAAAGAGUUUUUACGUCGACGAUUUCAUCGGUGGAGCUGAAACAAUUGAAGAAGCUAUCCGUAUGCGCGUAGAGCUGAGCGAACUUCUGCAGAAAGGAGGAUUCGAGCUCAGAAAAUGGACGUCGAACUGUCUGGAAGUCCUUCAAGGUCUCUCCGACGAUCAGAUCGGCACGCAAUCCGCGUUGCACUUUAGUCCCCACGAAACCAUCAAAGCACUUGGAAUUAGCUGGGAGCCUGAAGCAGAUUACCUCCGUUUUCAUUCGCAGAUUCGAACAAGCAGUGAACUUCCAACAAAGCGGUCUAUCCUCUCCGACAUCGCCAAGUUAUUUGACCCUCUUGGACUCAUUGCCCCCGUUGUCGUACGUGCGAAAAUCCUGAUGCAGGAAUUGUGGUUGUUGUCCUGCGGUUGGGAUGAUCCUGUUCCAGAACCGAUCAAAUCGAGAUGGGAAAUCUACCACCAAGAGCUGGUGAAAAUAUCUGAGCACCAUGUCAACAGAUAUGCAUUUCUUCCGAGUUCCGUUAUACAGCUGCACACUUUCGCGGAUGCUUCUCAGGCAGCAUAUGGAGCUUGUACGUACGCCCGAUGUGAAGACGUCCAAGGAAAGGUGAGGAUUCAACUGCUAGCGUCGAAAUCCCGAGUAGCCCCGCUGAAACGAAUCACCAUCGCCCGUUUGGAAUUAUGCGCAGCCGUGCUAGCCGCUCAUCUACACGCGCGAAUCAAAAAGGCCAUCGACGUCAACGUUUCUGCAUCGUACUUUUGGUCAGAUUCCGCCGUCACUCUACAGUGGUUACGAUCACCUCCGAACGUCUGGCCAACCUUCGUCGCAAACAGAGUCUCGGAAAUACAGCAGUACACGAACGGAUGUCAGUGGAAACACGUUCCCGGAGCUGAAAAUCCUGCCGACCUGGUCUCGCGCGGCAUGUCAGUCGACGAAUUUCUACAAAGCAACUUGUGGAGCUGUGCCCCAGGCUGGUUGUCACUGUCACCACAAGAUUGGCCAAUCUUCAUUCCCCCAGGCGUGCCAGCAGAAGAGCUGGAGUUAAAAACUACGGUUGCACUCACCCAAGCAGUUCCUACCGUUCAUCCCUGGUUUCUCCGUUGGUCUUCCUACAGCCGAUUACUCCACGUCAUCGGAUAUUGUAUGCGAUUUGUCACCAACACCCGUUCAAAAGCACGAACCCAACCUUCGCCAUCCCCCAUUCCGGUCGACCAAUCACUUACCGUGGCAGAACUAGCCAAUGCCAAAACGUUACUCGUCCGACUCGCCCAGCAGGAUGGAUACGCCGCAGAAAUAAAGCAGCUGGAGAAGGAAAACACCGUGCCGAAGCAGUCCCACAUUCGCCGAAUGAGCCCAUUUUUCGACCCAGAGAGAGUGUUGAGAGUGGGAGGUCGUUUAAAUCUUGCCCAGUUACCUUAUCAAGCAAAGCACCCUGCGCUUAUUCCCACCAACCAUCCGUUCACUCGACUAAUCGCUGAAUAUUUUCAUCGCAAACUGCUGCACGGAGGCGGGCGCCUGCUGCUCACUUCGAUUCGCGAAGAAUUCUGGCCACCCCGCGGCCGUAGACUGGUUCAAAGUGUAGUACGAAAUUGCUUUCGUUGUACUCGUCUCAACCCAAUACUGGCCCAACAACAAAUCGGUCAGUUACCUGCCCAGCGUGUGAUCCCAAGUCGUCCAUUCAGCAUCACCGGUGUCGACUAUGCUGGCCCACUAUACCUUCGCCCGAUACACAAACGUGCCGCACCUGCAAAAACUUACCUGUGCCUCUUUGUAUGCUUUUCAACCAAAGCAGUGCAUUUGGAAUUAGUCAGUGAUUUGUCCACUCAAGCAUUCUUGUGUGCCCUGCGACGGUUUAUCGCUCGCCGUGGGCGGCCCACGCACAUCCACUCAGACAACGGGAAGAAUUUCGAGGGGGCAAAAAAUGAGCUGGCUGAACUGUUUUCCAGAUUUCAGAACCGUGCUGAACAAGCUGAAAUAGCUUCUGUCUGUGCCGAGGAAGGGAUCACCUGGCAUUUGACACCACCCAAAGCACCUCACUUUGGCGGCUUGUGGGAGGCAGCAAUCAAAAUAGCCAAAAAACAUUUGUACCGACAACUCGGUUCAUCUCGCCUUACGUUCGAGGCUAUGUGUACCGUACUAACACAAAUCGAAGCUAUCAUGAAUAGCCGACCAUUGCUUCCACUUUCGGAGGACCCCAACGACCUAGCUGCAUUGACACCAGCGCACUUUCUCGUCGGUUCAUCACUGCAUGCCCUGCCCAACCCAGAUUUAAUGAACGUACCUGCCAACAGACUCGACCACUAUCAACAGCUGCAAGUGCAUGUGCAGCAAUUUUGGUCGCACUGGAAGAAAGAGUACCUGCAAGAGCUGCUGAAAGAUACCCGUGGUUGGAAACGCAACAACGAAAUUGUUCCGGGGAGAAUGGUCAUCUUAGUCGACGAAAUGCAACCACCGAUUCGAUGGCCACUCGCCCGCAUAGAAGCAGUUUUGCCCGGCAAAGAUCAUCUUGCACGAGUUGUUUUGCUCCGUACAGCUCGUGGCAUCAUCACUCGUCCGAUCGCUAAAAUUUGUCUACUACCUUACUCUACGGUGGCAUCCGAAGCAGAAAAACAUCCAGCAACUAUCAGCGACGCACCGACAACCUAA